AUGCAGGACAAGAGAGCGAGCCAAUUGGCCGCCCAGCAUGCUGCCAUUGCGGAGGCGGCUGCCAACGCGCAGACCGCCGCACCGGUGCAGGCGGCCAAGAGCGACGGCGACCGCUUCGAGGAGGCCCAGCGCGAGGCGGUGAGGAAGCUGAAGGACUCGACGCCUUUAGACGUCAAGUUCCUGCUCUACGGCUACUACAUGCAGGCCACGGAGGGCGACGUCAAGGGUGUGCGGCCCAGCCUCAUCGCUCCUCGGGACCGCGCCAAGUGGGACGCGUGGAAUGCUUGCAAGGCGAUGACCCGAGAGGAGGCAAUCAACAAGUACGUCAAGUGCGUCGACCUGAUAGCGCAGGCGCCCCGCUGCCCCUCGUGGAAGGCCCUCGUCGCCGUGGCUGGCUUCGCCGCGGGCCGUCCUGGUCCGGCCGCGCUCUGUGGGAUGCCAGCGGCGCACAUCUCGGCCGGCGCCCUGGCAGCGCUGCGCGACAACAUCCUGCGCCAGGGGGAGGUGCUCUUCCUGUGCGCACUCAUGACGGUGCUCACCAUAUUCCUGGCUAUCGUUGGUGCGGUCUCGACUUCGCACAUUCACCACCUCGCCGCGGCAAUUGGGGUGCUCCUGGUGCUGCUGCCAUCCUUCCACCUGCUGCUCAGGCCGGAGAUCGCCAAGGUGAACUCGUUCUUCGUCUUGCAGGCGGCCCUGAACCUCAGCAUCGGCGGAGCGACGUUCUA